CACUCAAUGGAGUUAAACCUUCCAAUACAAGAGUUAAACCACCACUUACUGAAUUUAAACCUGCCCAAACUAGAGUUAAAUCACCACUCACUGAAGUUAAAUCAUCCGUUACCCAAGUCAAAUCACCACCCACUGAAGUUAAAUCAUCUGUUGCCCAAGUCAAAUCAACACUCACUGAAGUUAAAUCAUCUGUUGCCCAAGUCAAAUCACCACUCAUUGAAGCUAAAUCACCCCUUGCCGAAGUUAAAUCACCGCUGACUGAAGCUAAGUUACCACAAAGUAAUAUCAACUCUAUACAAACAAAUGUCAUAGAUUCCAUGGGAGUAAAGCAAGAUGAUCAAGGUAUUUACUAUAGUAGUAUUAAAAUAUAAAAACAAUUGCCCUUUGUCUUGCAGUGGAUUUUAGCAUUAUGUUAGUUUUAGUUAAUGUUAUAAAGUUAUCUUUAACCAAAAAUGCCAACCAUAAAAAAAAAAAAAGGUAAAAAAUUUUUUUAAAAGCCCAAAGAUUCCAUUGAAUUUCAUCCUAGUUAUUUCCUUGUCUUAUUGUGUGUUUCAGAUAUACAGUUUGAGCCUGAUCAAAAAGCUCUUGAAAGUAUCCUUAAUAAUCAAGGCAUAAUACCAGACUUCAAGACAACAACACCCAAAGCAAUGGUAUAAAUGUAUAGCUUGGAAUUAGGAAUAUUUUUAUUUGAGAUUUGGAUAAUAACUGAAGCUCACUUUACAGAUCAUUUUGUUACAGAUGAAAGUUUAUCAUUGUAAAAUAUCAUACAUUUUUAUAGCCCUUAACCCCUUAUUUACCAAAGCAAAAACGUUUCUGAUUUCCAUUUACAAAUUACAGUCUUGCUCAAAUCUCAUCUUUUAAAAAAAAAAUUAUGUAAAAAAAUGGAAUGGAAUUUUUGUAUUCAAUAUUAAAAGCAUUUUCCCUUUUUUUGCUGUGCUUGCUAUAAUUUAAACUAAAUUGAGAAAUUUAAUGACGAUUCAUAUCCUAUUUAAAACCUUCGGAUACAGACAUCCAAAAUGUCUAGCUGAAAAAGUGCUCUCAAAUCUCUUUUGGGAAUUUAUUUCUAAUAAUUCUCUUUAUUUUGUUUUUAUGAGAUAAAUUUGAUAAUUCUUUUGAUUUUGCAGAGUUAUAGAUUGGAAUGCAUAUGUUACAAUGACUUUUGUUUAAAGUUGACCUCACAAAAAUCAUAAUUUAGCAUGCCUGAAUUUAUAUAUGACAAAGAAAUUGAACAGAUAAAAUGUAAAAUUUGCUGUAGCUGAAAAGGGUUGGCUUUAAAAUUUUAAAAAUUUUGUUUAUUCAUAUUGUCAUUAUUUUCCUGGUAUUAACUGGUCUAUAAUUUAUUAAACUCAUUCAGUGCCACUCUUUAAAUUUUAGUCAGGGCAAGUUACAUCUGGUAUCACUCCAAUUGCUGCCAAUCGAAUGUCCAUGUGGGAUUCAUACAAG